GAAUUGCGAGCGUUUAAGUGGAACGUGUAUUACCUUUUAUUAUUUUUACGUCAAUUGCGACGCCGCCAGCGGCAAAAGCCAAAAGCUACAGAUUAAACGAUAUCUGGUGCAGGCGGUGUAGCUGCGCUAAUUGAAUUGGAAUUUGAUCGGGAUGAUCUUUUAAACACUUUUAACAAGGAGAAGCGGCAAGCGGUUUCGGAGUGGGGACGAGUCGACGAUUAUUAUUUUUUUCCUCCGAUAUAUCUUUUCAUUUUUUAAAGAAUAGAGUUAUCGACAUUUCACAUGUUACUUUUAAUAAUCCAUUUUUUCGAAAGCAAUGAAUGAACGCGGGAGCGGUGCGGGGUAGCUAUUACUUCUAUGUGAAUAAUGCUGACAUAAGUUAUGUCACCAACAAGGUGGUUAUGUGCAGCUGAUUCAGCUAUUUUCGUCGUGUAAAAACUCCACCGUCCGAAAUGUAUUUAGUCGGACUGACAGGUGGCAUCGCCACUGGAAAGAGCACAGUCGCUGCGAUUUUCCGGGAGCACGGCAUCCCGGUUAUAGAUGCCGAUUUGAUUGCCCGAAAAGUUGUUGAGCCAGGAAAACCAGCGUGGCAUAAAAUACAGAGGGAAUUUGGUCCAGAUGUGUUUCUGGACAAGCAUUUGGACAGGGCGAAACUUGGUGAUUUAAUAUUCAACGAUACGGAAAAGAGGAAGAAACUUAAUGCCAUAACACAUCCGGAUAUAUAUAAAGAGAUAUACUGGGAGACUAUCAAAUACUUUUUACAAGGCCAUCCGUUCAUAGUCAUGGAUCUGCCAUUGCUUUUCGAGACAGGGCACAUGUUGAAUUACUUACACAAAAUUAUAGUUGUAACAUGCGAAGAGGACCUUCAGCUACAACGAUUAAUGGAACGCACUGGAUUCACAGAAGCUAAAGCGAAAUUAAGAAUAGCCGCGCAAAUGUCAUUGGAGGAGAAGGCGGAGAGGGCAAAUUUUGUAAUUGAGAAUUCGGGCAGUCAAAGAGAUACCAGGGAACAGACUGUAAAAGUGAUCAACGUGUUACGGUCCUCCAAGCAUCACUGGAAACUGCGUCUUUUAGUCGGAUUUUGUUGUACCGUACUAUUAGCUGGCGCGUACUGGUUGAAGAACAGGAGUUCUAGGGCCCUGUCCACUGCAACAUGAAAUUUUUUUUCUACUAAAAUCAUUCAAUUUAGAAACGAAUACACGUUUGUUCUCUGUAAUUCGUAGCUGCGUAAAAGCAAAUGUGAGUUUUGUAGACUUUUGUUGUAACUUUUGUACAGCAACGUAUUCGCAAAAUUGAAAUUUUUAUAAAACAGAUAAUUGAUGAAAUAAAUUGUUUACCAUUAUGUACGCAAUUGCGAACAGCAGUUACUUCUGACAAAAGCCAUUGCAUUUUGCAGUAAAUUUAAUUUUUUUUUCUAUUCGGUGAAAGGGGAAAAGAUUUGUGCAAGUAUACUAUGAGUUGUACAAAUUGCAAUUACGUUCUGUUACAUGUAAUUCUUUUAUAAAACAAUGUUUUUAAUUGCAACAUAUUAAUGAUGGGUCAAAGGGAUAUGUAAGAGUUUAUCUGUGUGUGCGCAAGUGCAUGCAUGUAUGUAUAUUUUAUGCAAUAAAAAAGCUAUUGUAGAGUA